AUGUUUGGUUCUGGAGAACUUGAGCAAAUUCCUUUUUUCAAUCCCGAGGAAGAGGGCGGCGGCGAGGUCACGUUGCCGCGCCCCAUCCCGCUGCAGCAGCAGCAGCAGCAGCAGCAAAUGCAGGUCGUGAGGGCCUGCAGCGGGGCGCUGCACACUGUGCUGCUGCUCGCCGAUGGCCGCUGCUGCUCCUUCGGGUGUAACGACGAGGGAGCUCUGGGCAGGCACUGCAAAGACGUGCCUCCAAAUGAGCCAGGAGUGCUUGACCUGGCCGACGUUGCUGCUGUGGCUUGUGGGGACUCCCACUCUGCAUUCUUGACGCGGCAGGGGGAGCUGCUGCUGUGCGGAUCUUACCGGGCCUGCGGCGAAGACCACACAGCAGCACUGGAGGCGGGCGGGGAGGCCAUGUGGCUGUGGGGCAGCAACGACUUUGGGCAGCUAGCAGUUCGUUCUGCUGCUGCUGCUGCUUCUGCUGCUGCAGCAGCAGUGCUGGACGCCAGCAGCGACGCAGCCACGACAGCAGCAGCUGCUGCUGGGGCUGCAGCAACCGACGAGGCGCUGCAGGAGAAACGAGCGCUACUCAAACCUUCCAGAAGAUCAGUAGAAAGGCAAGUCUUUUAA